ACCAGGAUAGGCUCCUCACGACCGGAAAAGGCAGGAGCUAAAAGACGUCAUGCGUCCGGGCGGAAGUGGACCACACUCUCAUUGGCUGCGGGACGUCUGUCUGUGGGAGCGGGCCUUUUGGAGGAGACCGGAAGUGGAGGCACUGAGAGGUCACCAGAAAUGGAGAGAAAAGUAAGCAGAAUCUGUCUUGCUUCUAAACCUGAUAUAAUUCAUUUUCUACAAGUGGCUUGGGAGAAAACAUUAGGAUCUGGUUUUGUUAUUACACUUACUGAUGGUCAGUCAGCAUGGACCGGGACAGUUUCUGAGUCAGAGAUUUCCCAAGAAGCCGAUGACAUGGCAUUGGAAAAAGAGAAAUAUGUUGAUGAACUGAGAAAAGCAUUGGUAUCAGGAGGAAGACCAACUGAUGCAUACAAAUUCGAUUUUUCUAGAGAGUCUUGUCAUUUCUCCUUUGAGAAAAACCUGAAAGAUGUUUCAUUCAGACUUGGUUCCUUCAGUCUAGAGAAAGUUGCAAGUCCAGCUGAGGUCAUUAGAAAACUUAUUUGUGAUUGCCUGGACACCAUCACAGAAAACCAAGCCAAGAAUGAGCACCUGCAGAAGGAAAAUGAAAGGCUUUUGAGAGAUUGGAAUGAUGUUCAAGGACGAUUUGAAAAAUGUGUCAGUGCUAAGGAAGCUUUGGAGACUGAUCUUUAUAAACGGUUUAUUCUGGUGCUGAAUGAGAAGAAAGCGAAGAUUAGAAACUUACAUAAGUUGUUAAGUGAAGUUCAAGAACUAGAAAAGAACAUUGAGCAUGAAAGGGAAACCACAACACAUUCUGAAAUGACUGCUGACAGGGAUGCAAUCUAUGAUGAAAGCACUGAUGAGGAGAGUGAAAACUUGCCUGAUCGCUCUGCGUUAGCUCCAACUGCUUUAAGAGGAGAUGAUUCCCUUGUUUCAAGUCCUGAUGUAACGGAUAUUGCACCAAGUAGAAAGAGGCGGCAGCGGAUGCAGAAGAAUCUUGGGACAGAACCUAAAAUGGCUUCUCAGGUACCUGGGCCUCAAGAAGAGGAGAAGACCCAAGGCUUCUUCUCAAUUGGAAACUGUUUCUGGCAGCAUGUAUGUGACAGCUUUCCCGGGGGCGGGUGCAGAUGUGCUGAGCCAUUUGGCUGCCGUGUGGACCGACUCAGAGAACCUCUCUUCUCCCUGAUGAAGUCAUCUCCUCUGGGUAGCCCAGCCUUUCCCAUCACUCCAUGUUGGAACUUGGCUUUCCCUUGCAUAGUUCCGUCGUGAUGUAGAUGGUCUUCCAGUUAAGUUCUGGAAUAAUCUGCCCAACCAUGAACAGGACAUUUACAGCAAAGAAGAAAAAAAAAAGACUUUUAUUGAAAGAAACAUUUUACUGUAACAUUCUGAUUUGGGGGUUGGGGAGCAAAGUCUUACUCUGGAAAAAUCAACUUUUUCAUGGCUUUCUGAAGAUAUUUGUCUGUGUUUAAUUUCUCUGAGUAAUUUAUAUACGCCAGGAUAAAAAAUAAUGAGAUUGUCACCCUCACUUUGCCUUUUGUAGAGUUUCCUUUAUUUUUUAAGGAAGACAACAAAGACCGCAUAUUAUUUCUGCAUUUCCUAGAAAACAAAGAGGGUUUAAAGUGCUGGAUAAAAUAUCUCUCCCUAACAUGUAAAAAAGAAAAAGAAGAGAAACGAAAAGAAAAAAAAAAGAAGAAAAAAAUCAAUGAAGCAAUUUUAGAAGUUGGCUUCCUUUUUCUAGGCACUGUGGAAUUAAUUAAAGGUACAUUUUUUUUAAUGACAUGUUUUUUUCACCAUCCACAGAGGAUAUUUGCUUCAUUGUGCCUAGGAUCAGUCAGAUCAGGGACUUGAAAUGUGAACCUGUUUUCUGAAUGUGGGUGGGACUGGAACCUUAGGGCAGCAAAAGAUGAUACCACGUCUAAGAAUACUUCACCUGAUCACUAAAAAAGGAGAAGACUUGAAAUGUGAUCCUAAAGCUCAGAAGGAGGUUCAGAUGAAGAUAAUGAAAUUCCCUGGACACCCACCUGCCAGCUACACCUUUCUCGUCCAGUCAUUGGCUGACUGCCCCUGACUCCUGCCAAGUUCCUGAAGACAAGAUCAAGUCAACGAAGCAAGGCACACAGCUUCUGGCUUCUGGUUUCUUGUAGACACCAGCACUAGGAAUGAAGAUCUUGCUUUAUUGAUACCUGGGACGAUGGAGUUCACAUAAAGGGGGACACAUAGAAUGAGAUUUUAAUUACUGUUUGAUUAAGACUUGAGUGUAAUAGACAAAAUUGUUUUGGUUAUAGAAGAUACAAAAAUAUAUUUUCCCAUUCAAAAACUUGUGAUAAUUUUUCAAACAUGAGAGAAUCAGAAAUAAUGCUCUGGGGACACCUGAGUGGCUCAGUU